AUGAGUGAAGCCGUUAGAACGGGGGACUGCCUGGAGAAUGAUGAGCAGUGUCUCAAGUUGGAGAAGGCAGCCACAAAGAUCCAGUCAUGGUGGCGUGGCAACGUGGUGCGCAGGACAUUACUGCACAUGGCACUCAGGGCCUGGAUCAUCCAGUGCUGGUGGCGGUCCAUGCAAGCCAAGAUGUUGGAGCAGAGACGGCGCCUGGCGCUGAAACUCUACACCUGCCAGGAGUGGGCGGUGGUGAAGGUGCAGGCGCAGGUCCGAAUGUGGCAGGCCCGCAGGCGGUUCCUCCAGGCGCGCCAGGCAGCCUGUGUCAUCCAGUCACGUUGGCGCGGGCAUGCCAACCACUCCCGGGGCCUGAUUCGGGGCCACUAUGAAGUCAGAGCCAGCCGGCUGGAGCUCGACAUCGAAAUCCUCAUGACCUAG